AUGGCUAACGCACUACUUUCAUGGGAAUUAUUGUAUGACAGUGUGGAAAAGGACAUUAAAAAUGAUCAAGACAUUUUGGUAUGCCUAACUCAUCUUGUUCUUAUUUCACAUGGAUUCAAAAUUGUGGGAUUGGGUGAAUCUAAAACUCUUGAAGGCGAUGAGACAGAAACCCAAGCACUGCCUAAGCACUGGAAUCAGCACUAUGCCAUAAGGUAUAUCAACCAAGGACGUUUGUAUAACUUCAAAGCAACAGUUUUAGAUGAUGUAGUAAUGAUAAAUUUAAUAAGAGUGGAUGAACGUUCUAUGGCCUUCGUUCAGUUGAAUUCCAGAUCUAUAGUCAAAAAAACAGGGACUUUGGAUGAAAUGAUACCUGAUAAUGAAAGUAUCAGUGAUAUGAUAGAAAAGCAACUGAUCGACAAAGUCAUAACUUCUAAAAAGUAUAAAGACAAUUCUUGCCAAACGCGACCAGUAGAAGAUUAUGUAACUAGCCCCGGAAGAAGUAGAAUUGUAGUUCCAUGGAAUUUUAUACCGAUACAUCCUUUACCCUUGGUGGGUUCAAGAAACUAUGGUCAACGGCCUGCAAGACGCCUUGGAAAUCCCUUAAGAGCAAUACCACCAGGAGCAAGGAACGAUCCACUUCAACCUCCAGAUGCAGAUAGAGUCGCUAAUAUAAGACCUAACAGGCCAGAUAACGAUGAAUUUCAGCCUCCUGAACAAGAUGAUAUAUUGUUAGAUUAG